AUGUCGCUUUCCACUUUCUGGUACGAGCCCGUCUUCACUCCCUCCGACUUUGAUCGUCUCUUCGAGGAGGCGUUCAACGCGCGGACGAGUAACAACGGUGGCCAAGUCCAGCGUUCGCCAGGCGCCGCAUCAGGUCCACUCCGGCCAAGGAUGGACUUGCACGAAAACAAAGACUCCAACACCGUCACCGCGACGUUCGAGCUGCCCGGCCUGAAGAAGGAAGAUGUCAGCAUCGACGUGCACAACAAUCGGCUGACGAUCUCGGGCGAAAGCAAGGUCUCAAGCGAGCAUGACGAGAACGGGUACGCUGUACGGGAGCGGCGGUUCGGAAAGUUCUCGCGUUCGUUGCAGCUGCCGCAGGGCAUCAAGGACGGGGAGAUCAAGGCGUCGAUGGAGAACGGGGUGUUGACGGUGACAUUCCCCAAGUCGGCGCCUGAGGCCGCGCCGAAGAAGAUUACGAUUGCAUGA